AUGGCAUGGCUGCGGUCUCCCCUGACUCCCUUGCUCGACUUUGGGAGCUCCGAGCCGACACCCGAGGGGGCCGAGCAGGGCAGCUUCAUGAGCUGGACAUUCUUCUCGCCUUCCCCGAAGAAGGCGGAGCCCCAGGAGCCCAUGAAAGAGGAGAAGGGGCGCCGAAGAGGGGAGAAAGCGCGCCUGGUUGCCAAGAACGCCCCAUGCUCCUGCUGCCCUCCGGGUACGUGUUUGGGAAUUGCGAAAGGGCGAACAGAACGAGGCCUGUCUCAUCUGCCAAGCCAGCAGAACGACAUACUCCAUGCCCACAGGAGGCAAGGAACGGAGUUCGAGGGCCUCGCCUCCUUUGCCAAGCAGUGGCAGCAAGUCGAGUCUGCAGCGCAGUUACCGGAGCUGUCCACGCUGGACCGAGGCAGGGGCUUUCAAGACUCAGAGCCGGUACGAGAAUGGGUUCAUAGUGUCUACGCAGACAUGGAUCAGAUGGGCCAGAGCGACACGUUGAUGGCAACGCAAUUGUUGACGUGCAUGAGGCGUCAUCGCGUGAGUUCCGUGUGGAUGUGA